CUCAUACUUCUCACUCUGUGAACAACCAACUAAUCAAAAAUAAAUCAAACCCAUUUCAUCUGUCAUUAUCGUUGUGUCAAAAAUGUCGAUCACUUCCAAAAUUCUAGUAAAAUGACCAGGAGGAAGAAAAAGAGAUGUCCUCUCCUGUCGCCAGUGUCCAUCAACCUUCUGCGCCUGUCCAAGCUGCUUCGACCGCCACAGAUAAGCAAGAAAAGAAACUCAGCGUCUUAGAAUCGCAUGGAUACUAUCUGGGUAAAUCGAUAGGAACGGGUUCAUACGCCACUGUGCGCAUGGCGCAUUCAGAUCGGCAUGACGGGAAUGUAGCUAUAAAGAUUGUUAGCAAAUUCUCGGCACCAGCAGACUAUCUCAAGAAAUUCUUACCACGGGAAAUUGAAGUGGUCAAAGGAUUGAGACAUCCAAACUUAAUCAGGUUUCUACAAGCCAUCGAAACUACACAUAGGGUCUACAUUAUAAUGGAGUACGCAGAAAACGGAAGUUUGUUGGAUAUAAUCAGGCAAGACCAAUACAUCGAUGAAACAAGAGCUAGAAAAUGGUUUCGCCAGCUGGUGGAUGCCGUUGAAUAUUGCCAUGAUAGAGGAGUCGUUCACAGGGACAUAAAGUGCGAGAAUCUGCUGAUGGACGGCAAAUGGAACGUGAAACUGUCAGACUUUGGCUUCGCCAGAUCGCACUUACGCACGAAAAGCGGAGAGUUCCUGCUGAGCGAGACCUACUGCGGCAGCUACGCGUACGCUUCUCCCGAGAUACUCAGGGGAAUCCCCUACCAGCCCCACCAUGCUGACGUGUGGUCCAUGGGAGUGGUCCUGUUUGCGAUGGUCUUCGGGAGGCUGCCUUUCGACGAUAGUAACUACAGGGAGCUUAUAAAGCAGGUAUCUAAUAAGGUGGUUUUUCCGAAAGACCCGAAAGUUUCUCCUAUGUGCAAGUCGCUGAUAAGCAAAACACUAGCUCCGCUGAAGUCAAGAAUUCGAAUUAAUGGAAUGAGACAAGACCAGUGGUUCAUGUUUGAUCCAGACGCUGCAAGUACGAGCAAGGACAACAGAGAUUCAGUCUUGUCAAAAUCUGCUGACGAAAGCGUGAGAUUAUCAGUGCCCAGUAAGGAUAUUGUACCUGCUCAGCUGAUAACAAAACAGCAUCUUGAGUCAGAGGCCAAACCGAGGGAUAAACGUAGAAUAAGGACAAGUACAGAUGAAGAAACUGCUAUACAGACUGAGUAUCCAGAAAGUGGUCCUGAAUCGUCUAAAAAGAAAAAAGACAAGAAACAGUGAUUCCGUUCCUCUUGUCGACAUAUUUCGAAAUUGAAUAAAUGUUUAUUUUGACCAAACUUGCCAGCCCAGUUCAUUUUGUGUAAUGUU